GAACAGAAACCAAGUUCCCCGGCAACUAGCAGCAUCCACUGGGCGGGAGGUUGGAGCCGGCGAGGCCCGAAAGGCUGCGGAGUGCGCCGGCUGCUGAGUCUAGAGCGCCCUCCACUCCUCCUCCGCCUCUUCUUCCUUGGCCGCUCAUUCCCAAGUUCCGGCUCUAUUUUUCGCCUACGAAAAGCCUAGGGAGGGGGCUAGGAGCUGCCGCGUCCCCCUCCCUGCGGCCGCAGCCCCCUGCUUUUCCGGCUCUGCUCCGUGCCGCGUGCGCCUGGGCUGUGCGCCUCGGCGGGCCCCAGCCAUGUCCAUGCUGCCGUCCUUCGGCUUCACGCAGGAGCAAGUGGCGUGCGUGUGCGAGGUUCUACAGCAAGGCGGAAACCUAGAGCGCCUGGGCAGGUUCCUGUGGUCACUGCCCGCCUGCGACCACUUGCACAAGAACGAGAGCGUGCUCAAGGCCAAGGCGGUGGUCGCCUUCCACCGCGGCAAUUUCCGAGAGCUCUACAAGAUCCUGGAGAGCCACCAGUUCUCGCCUCACAAUCACCCCAAACUGCAGCAACUGUGGCUGAAGGCUCACUACGUGGAGGCCGAGAAGCUACGCGGCCGACCCUUGGGCGCCGUGGGCAAAUACCGAGUGCGCCGAAAAUUCCCGCUGCCUCGCACCAUCUGGGAUGGCGAGGAGACCAGCUAUUGCUUCAAGGAGAAGUCGCGGGGGGUGCUGCGAGAGUGGUACGCUCACAAUCCCUACCCCUCGCCGCGUGAGAAGCGGGAGCUGGCCGAGGCCACCGGCCUCACCACUACCCAGGUCAGCAACUGGUUUAAGAACCGGAGGCAAAGAGACCGGGCCGCCGAGGCCAAGGAAAGGGAGAAUACUGAAAACAAUAACUCCUCCUCCAACAAGCAGAAUCAACUCUCUCCUCUGGAAGGGGGCAAGCCGCUCAUGUCCAGCUCAGAAGAGGAAUUCUCACCUCCCCAAAGUCCAGACCAGAACUCGGUCCUACUGCUGCAGGGCAAUCUGGGCCACGCCAGGAGCUCAAACUAUUCUCUUCCAGGCUUAACGGCCUCACAGCCCAGCCACGGCCUGCAGGCCCAUCAGCAUCAGCUCCAGGACUCUCUGCUGGGCCCCCUUACCUCUAGUCUGGUGGACUUGGGGUCCUAAGAGGGGAGGGACUGGGGCCUCAAAGGGAUGGCUGGAGCAUCCCCCACCGCAGUGACUAGGGACACUUGUAAAUAGAAAUCAGGAACACUUUUUGCAGCUUGUUCUGGGGUUCUUCGUGUAUAAAGGAAUGGUGGACUUUCACAAAUAUCUUUUUUCAAAAUCAAAACCAACAGUGAUCUCAAGCUUCGUCUCCCUCUUCUCUCUGACUCUUUCCACUUUUGCAUUUUCACUCUCAGUACAGAGAUCAGGGAAAAAACCCAAACAGACAAGAGCACCCAGCCGGUCUCUGUUGUUGGCAACUGAUGCUUCUGCUUCAGUAAUCUUUCUUUUUUUCGUCGAACAAGAAUUACACAUCAACUGAAUUUUAGUGAUUUCUUUUUAAUUUAUUUAUGGAGAAAUGUUGUGGGAAGAGGAAAAAAGGAAAUGAAGAGAAAGGGAAAGAAAUAAAGGGAGAUGAAAAUAGUGAAAACAAGCGCCUCCGGCCUGGGAGGAACUGGUUGCAUUCUUAAGGUGAAUAGGAAAAUAUAAUCUUAUGCCCUUUUUUGGAUGAGGAAAAAUUAAGUUUACAUUUUUCAUAUUUAGUAUUAAACAAUUUUAUGUAGGUUAAAAUAAAAGAACAGUAUUAGGAGGAAAAACAAGUGCCUAAAUGUCUUAAUGCUGUCUACGCGAGGCAGUUAGAAAUAGAAGUGACCAUUAGUACUACAGCUAUUUUUUGUCAAAUUUAGGGAGGUUUUUUGGUUGUUGUUUGUUUUCUUGGGUUUUUUUAAAUGACAAACUCUAAAAAUGUACCAAUGUGAAAAAAACACUUUCCUGAAUGCCAUUACUUCCCAAGCCCUCAAAGCUUUCAUCUGUAGUCGACUGUUAAGGGCUUCUCCUAGCUUCUAGUUUCUAGCUUGCAAAAAAGUAUGCCUGCUGGCAUACAAAUCUGGCAACCUGGUAUUUGUUACUAAAACAGCAUGUGUUUUCAGGUUUCUUUUCUAUUGUACCUAAACCAGUCUAAAUUAAAACUUAGUAGAACACCAGGAGUAUGAUUCUGUUUCUGAAAGGUGAGUUGUACAAUGCUGUCAUUGGGCCCUAUUUUUUAAGAAAAAAUAAUAGUUUUCUUGCUUUCUUACUGAAUGGUGGCUGUGAAUUGCAGGGUACUUUGAAGGCCAUCGCCUGAACCAAGAAUAGCGACUUGGUUAAUUCUAUGACAGAAAAGGAGUGAAUUUAGCUUUGGGUUAUUUAUUUAUGUUUAUUAUUUAGAUAUGCAGUUUUGUUUACCACUAGCUCUUCUCUACAGCAUUCAUAUGUUAACUCAGCUCUUGUGUGUUAACUAGUUUAUGACAAGACUGUGAAAGUGAAAAUAAUUUAUCUGCUUGGGGAAAAAAAAAGGGAACUCAAACAAAGAUAGAAACAUUGUGAAUUAAUUUGUAUAAAUAGAAAGCAGACCAGCAGGACAGGAGCUCUUUUGCAGUGCUUUCGAUAGUGUCCAGAAAAAUUCCAGUAAUCAUGUAGGCUCCAUAUUAUUUUUGCCUAGGGCAAAAUGAUGUAUCUUCUGUACUUAGCUUUUAAAAUUAGUGAAACAAAUGGCAUUAUUUAUUAAAAUUCUCAGGAUAACAGGA